ACUCCCAAUUUCAAGAGGAUGAUCCUGUAGUUCUGAAAGUACUCAACUUUUAGAAGUUUCCUACUACGAUGCCACCCAAAAGGGUGAAACGGAAGGACAAGAUGGCUCACGACGCGAUUCCAAUCGCCGAACCCCCUGCACAGAUACCAGCCCUCGCAAAGCUACCCGCCGAACUGUUUGAUGAGAUUAUCUCGUACCUUCGAGUUCUCCCGCUCAGUUUCUACUAUGACACGUACUACGAUAAGGCACGUGGUAACUUGCCGCAUCCACAAUUUCGCGAACGAACGGAUGCUCUACGCGCGCUCUCUGCAACAUGUAGAGCACUGAGAGACAUAUCAUAUCAUCGUUUGUGGAGUCGGCUGGACAUUUGCUGGGUUCCGUCAGAGGAGGCGGGGACUUGGUAUAAGUAUGUUAUGCAAAGCCUUCAGACCAAGUCCAAAGGCGUAGUCAGCUCAAGUGACUAUUUGAAGGAAAGCAUACGGACUAUCACGUUGAUGUUGUCCAAAUCCGAUGUCGCGCCAACCAUGACCGCUCUCAGGGACCUUCUGGAGGCUCUCCCAAAUCUUUCCACCAUACAAGUCAUUACAUGCAGGAUUCCAGGUGACUUUGGUAGAGCCACACAAGGCCUUUCGUGUCCCAACGUUCGAACCGUCGUUAUUCCUACCGACUGCCACGCUGUCCUCAAAGCUUGCCCCAAUACAAUGCAUGUUCGCUGCGCCGGAGGGUCAGGUGUUACCCUGAUUGGCUCUUUGAAGUUCUCCAAAUGCGAGACUCUAGAUGGAAUGAUUAACUGGGUAAAGGAUAUGAAAACGGUUGAUCGUAAGUUAUCAAUUCCUUUUGCAGGUCCUCUUUUAUCCGGGAUAACACCAUCAUCAGGAUUGAUCAAGAAUGCUCCAAAUCUUCGCAAGAUUGAGAUUCGGCGCCCAGUUUGCUUUGGGUUAGGAAUCAUGUCGCAGAACAAGGCCCCAGAACAGUGGUCUCUCGUGAUCUCGAAACUUUCUGGACUCCCAAAGCUUCGAGUUAUUGUUCUCAGCUUCCCCGGGUUGGAGGAGUUGCCAUCGGACCUUGUAUCCAUCCAGAAAGCUCGAGAAGUGUUGCGGAAAUCAAAAUUGCAAGAGGAGAGAAAGCUGAUCGUUAGACGUGUCAUUGCUCAACACUACGCUUCACCCUCGGAUAACAAGGAUCAUCAGGUCGGCGACAUAGUACAUCGCUAUGAAGAGGAAAUAUUCUCCUAGGCGGCCUUGUUACGAAGCUAUUUUGGACUGUGCUCAAUGAAGCGAGACUCUUAUUGUGCGACUUGUAUUUUUCCCUGUAUCUCAAGUCUGCGAACAGUGGUCAACUACUAUGACUUCCAAAUACGAUUGUGCACUUGGAUGAUCGUCUUUGACGCCGCCUCCAUCGUUUUUGUUUGUCGUCGAGUUAUCACCACCGAUGCCUUCAAAUCUGAAGGAGCUCUAUGACAAUCAAGGUUAUGUCGUUGUACCGUCCCUAGUAUCAGAAACAUUGUUCCGGG